AUGACAACUACAAGAUCGAGUAGAAAGAAAACAUCAGCAGUAUCGAAAUCGCUGGAAUCUCUAAAGAGAGCUAAAGCCGGUGAGGAAAAGAGAACUGAUCAAAUCUCUGAAGAUGAAGAAGAAGAUGAUCAACAAAUAGAGAGCGAGGAUGAUCUUCAAGAUAAGAUUGAAGAAGUAGACAAGAAAAGAAAAGAUAGAGAUUUCGUUGUUGAUGAUGAUGGAUUUGGAUAUGGAGAGAGAAGUGAUGCCGAAGAGGAAGAAGACGAUUACUCUGGUGAAGAGGCAGAGGUUGCCAAUUCCAGACGUUCAUUGAAGAAGAAGAAGACCGAUGCCAAUUCAAAGUCAAAGAAGAAGAAUGCUGCAAAGUCAAAGGACGAUAAGAAGGAUGAUAAGCAAGCUGCUGCCACUGCUGCUGCCACCAAGAAGAAAGAUAUUCCAGAAGCCAAUAGAAUGGAUCAAUUCUUAAAUAGAGCAUCGGCAAAGACUGGAUCUUCAACAUCCACAACAUCCACUACUUCGUCGUCCAACUCUAAAGCAUCAACAACUACAACAACAACAUCAAGUUCAACAUCAACAACAUUGGGUGAAAGAUUACAAAAGGCAAAUGCAGCAAAAUCAAAUAAUGAAGAUGAGUUGGAAUUGUAUCUAAAUGAUUUACAAGCCAAUCCAAAUGCUGAUAUGGAUAUCGAUUCAAUCGAAGAACAAAAGCAUCAGUUGGAGAUGGCAAAACAAAAGGAACAAGAAGAGGCUGCAGAGAAGCAAAGAUUGGAGGAAGAAGCUGCUGCUACUGCUGCAAGAGAAGAGGAGGAGGAGGAGCAACAGAAAGCAAAAGUAAAGGAAGAAAAACAAGAAGAUCUUGAUAAUAAUAAUAAUAACGAAGACUCUGAACCAGUAACAGAUUCAACAACAACUACAACAAUUGACGAUAUCAAGAAUGAAGAUAAUGGUGAUGUAGAUUUCGAGUUUGAUUUCGAAGAAGAACAACAACAACAACCACAACAAAAAUCACAACCAAAGAAAUCAGCAACAUCCAAGAAGAAUGCAGCAAUUGCCAAGCCUCUAGCAUCAAACAAACCCAUUAAGCUCUCUUUAAUUUCACCAAAGACAUCCACUAAUGAUUGGUGGGGCAAAGCUGGAUCAAUCGAACCAAAGUUGAUUGAAAAUCUCAUAGUUAAAGAUAUGUCAAAAAUAACAACAACAACAAAGAAUGAAUUACAAUUCUAUUAUUUAACUGCAUCGGAAGAGAACAAUGGAAAUAUCUAUUUGUUUGGAAAGGUUCGUUCGGUGGAGAACAACGUUGAGACUUUCAAAUCUUGUUGUGCAAUCAUUGAGGGCAUGAAGAGAAAUGUGUUCCUGCUACCAAGAGACUAUAUCUUGGAUGAUAAUGGAGAGCCAACUACAAAGGAACCGAAUGAACAGUUGAUUCGUGCCGAUGUCACAAAGUUGAUGAACUCACAGAAAAUCACUGGUUGGACACUGAAACCUGUCGAGAGAUCAAUCUGUUUCGACUACAAAGUGGAGGGCAAGAACCAACCACCCGGUAAAUACAAACUCUGGAAACUCUGCUAUCCAGCCGCUUUCUCUGCACUGAAGAACGAGUUGACCGGAUCCACCUUCCAGGCUGUCUAUGGCGUCACCUCCAGUCCACUAGAGCUGUUCUUGCUAAAGAAGAAGAUCAUGGGACCAAGCUGGCUGUCGUUGGCUGACUUUAAACCUGCUCUGUCUAUGAGUGAAAAGACUUCGUGGUGUCGACUGGAGGGUAAGGUCGACAGCUACAAAAAGGUGAAGCCUGUUGCCGCCAGUGAGCAAAUGCCGUCGCCACCCGUUGUAGUAAUGUCGCUCAGCACCAAGUCGUUGAAUAGUGCAUCGAAUCCAGAGAUAUUGAUGGUCAGUAUGGUUGUCAACGAGUCGAUAUCGAUAGACGGUGCGACCACCGGUGCUAACCAGUCACGCGUUAAAUACCACACUGCACUGCGUCAUCUUAACAAAGAAGUACUGCCACACGAUUUCAACCAGAACAAACAGAAUCUCAAGGUUUUCGUUAAGGAACAUGAAUUGCUCAGUCACGUUGCCAACAUGAUCAUGACAGUCGAUCCAGAUGUCUUGGCUGGACACAACAUCACCGGAUUCGACUUGGAUAUCCUACUGCAUCGUAUGAAAGAUCUAAAGGUGAUGGACUGGUCAUACAUUGGUAGAUUAAGAAGAAGAGAAUUCCCAAGACUCAGUUCCAAUAUUGGAUCAUCCGAGAAUCAAUACCAGGAGCGACAGGCCGUCACUGGACGUCUCAUAUGCGACAGUUACCUACUCUGCAAAGAGUUUCUCCAAAAAGAGAAAUCAUUUAAACUCGUUGAAAUCUGUAAGACACAACUCAACAUUGAUAAAGAGGAAAUCAAUUAUUUAAGAAUUGAAUUAUAUUAUCAAAGUUCAACAAAGUUAAAUACAUUAAUUGAUUUAAAUGAAAAUGAUUGUCAUGUUAUCUUUUUACUCAUGUUUAAAUUGUCAUUCUUGCCAUUGACCAAACAAUUGACAAACUUGGCCGGUAAUCUUUGGAAUAGAUCACUUGCUGGAAAUAGAGCAGAGAGAAUCGAGUAUUUAUUGUUGCACAAUUUCCACGCCGAAAAGUUUGUCUUGCCCGAUAAGAUCUUUAGCAAAGACAAAGAUUUCGGAAAGAAGAAGGCAGCGUACAGUGGAGGUUUGGUACUUGAUCCAAAGGCCGGAUUCUAUGACCGUUAUGUUGUGUUGCUGGAUUUCAAUUCGCUGUAUCCAUCGAUUAUCCAGGAAUACAAUGUUUGCUUUACAACAAUUGAAAGAAAGCUACGUGAAGAUGGCAAUCGCUCUAUUAAUGGUGGCUAUGAAUCGGCGCAACCUCCUGCUUCUUCGGUAUCGCGUGGUAUUCUCCCAACGGUUCUCCAACGACUGGUAGCCAAGAGAAGAGAGGUAAAGCGUUCGCUUGCCAGCGAGAGCAAUGAAGAGUUGAAACAGCAACUCGAUAUCAAACAACAAGCCAUCAAGUUGGUUGCCAAUUCGAUGUAUGGUUGUCUUGGUUUCAAGAGUAGCAGAUUCUAUGCGUUGCCACUGGCAGAGUUGGUCACCCGUAAAGGUAGAGAGAAUCUACAAAAGUCAUCGGAAAUCGCUGGUAGAAUGAACUAUGACGUGGUGUAUGGUGAUACCGAUUCGUUGAUGAUCAACACUGGUGUAUCCACCUAUAACGAAGCAGAGGCAAUCGGUUUCGAAAUUAAGAAAAAGGUGAAUGAACAAUACCGUGGAAGUGUCAUGGAGAUUGAGUUGGAUGGAAUCUUUAAGAGACUGUUGUUGUUGAAGAAGAAGAAAUACGCUGCCCUCAUUGAAACAAAGAAAGCCGGUGUUUGUUCGACCUUCAUUCAAAACAAAGGUAUCGAUAUCGUCAGAAGAGAUUGGUGUGGUGUAACCAAAGAGAUUGGAAAUCAUCUACUCUCCUUGAUCAUGUCGCCAGACGACAACGUUUCCAAUAACCUCCAAUUUGAAAUCAAGGAAUACGUUGAAUCAAUGGCGCAAAAGAUGAGAUCGUUCGAGGUGCCAGUGGAGAACUUUGUCAUUACAAAGACCUUGAGCUCUGCACCUGAGGAUUACAACGAUGGAGACUCUCAACCACAUGUACAGGUUGCUCUCCAGUUGAAGGCCAAGGGUGAGGUCGUCCAACAAGGUGACCAAAUCCCAUAUGUCAUUGUCAAGGGCGAAGACGAUUGGGCAAAGCGAGCACGUCAUCCAAAGGAACUUGAGAAUGACGCAUCACUCAUCGAUUUGGAUUGGUAUCUCUCUCAACAGAUUCUACCUCCACUCUAUCGUAUGGUAAGCCUCCUCGAUGUUGAGGAAGAGAAGCUGGCAACCUUUUUGGGUAUGAGUACGAGAAAGUACAGAGCCAACAAACCAAAACAUCAAGAAGAUGAGGAGUUCACUAUCGACAAUGAGAUCUAUCGUUCAUUGGACUCUGACGCUCGUUUCUCCAGCUGCACCAGACCGGAAUUCAGAUGUGCAUUUUGUAAAUCACUUACGCAAUUCAAGGGUAUUACCGUAGUCAGUGACAAGCCAAUCUGUUUGGCAAUCGAAGGACUGACAUGUUCCAAUCAGGCUUGCAAACAACCACUCUCACCAAGCAUUAUCAAGAAUCAACUGAGCCUGAUCCUAAGAGCCAACGUCAAGCAACACCAAGACUACGCAAUGAGAUGCACAGAGUGUCGAUCGGUAUCCAAAGACUAUCGUAGAAGUGAUAAUAUCAAAUGCAUAGAUCCAUAUUGCAAUGGUAAGAUGGAGCAAUUGGUAAAAUCCGAACAGAUUCUCAAACAACUAGAAUAUUUCCAACGUCUUUUCUCUGUCAAGCAUAUCAAAGAGCGCUUUGACAAUAUUGAAGAACACUUGGAUGUUCAACAGAUCAAACUGCUUAAUGAAUUGGAAGCACAAGUAAGCAAUCUACUCAACAGACAUAAAGGAAGUACCUAUGAAAUCAAAUCCAUUUUCCCUAAUACUCAAAUUGGUCAACGCUAUUUCGAAAGAAAACCAUGGUUAAAGAAUAAUAUCUAA